CAAAUGUCCGUCUUUGCUUUGUUUCUUGAGAGAUCUCAUCGCGGGCACACAUGUGCGUUCUUAGGUUAGGGUACUAACAUUGUAGUGUUGUGAGGUAGUAGCGAUGGCGACGAGCGGAGCGGAGGCGGCAGCGGGCGGCGGAGCGGAGGUGACGAUUCGCGCGGCGCGCCGAGAGGACAUGGCGCGAGUGCACGCCAUGAUACACGAACUCGCUGCAUUUGAGAAUGUGCCAGACGGUCCCAAACUCUCAGUGCAAGAUUUGAUCACGGACGGGUUCGAGUGCUCCCCGCCGUGGUUCUCCGUGGUGGUGGCGGAGACGGGCGGCGCCGUGGUGGGGUACGCGCUGGUGAACCGCGCCUACUCCAGCUGGACGCGGCGCGCGCUCUACAUCGAGGACCUGUACGUGGAGCCGCGGCAGCGCGGCGCCGGCGUCGGCAUGAAGCUGGUGCGGGCGCUCUGUGAGAUGGCGCUAGAGGAGGACAUCCACCGCAUAGACUGGCACGUGCUGGAGGAGAACCUCGGCGGGAGGAGGUUCUACGCGAGGCUCGGCGCGCGCGACCUGCACCAGACCGAGGGCCGCCUCAUGCUGCGCCUGGACCGCCACCGCAUCGAGGCCGUCGCCACACAACAACUCUAACCUCCGUCUUCAUCAUCUUAAAUUAUUAAAUAAAGUAUAUUUUCUCUUAAUAUUA